AUGGUUGCUAUUAAGCCCCUCUUUGCCUUGAGCCUUCUGGCUGGGCUCAUAGCCCCCGCACUCUCAGCGGCAGUCAGGAUCAACGCCCUUGGUGACAGCAUUACUGGAUCACCUGGCUGUUGGAGAGCACUUCUCUACCAAAAGCUAGUGCAGGCUGGCGUCACCAACAUUGAUUUUGUCGGGACCCUUCCUGGCCAAGGCUGCGGUAUCGCGUAUGACGGCGAGAACGACGGCCACGGAGGCUUCCUUGCCACUGGCAUCGUUGCAAACAACCAGCUUCCGGGAUGGCUCGCAGUUUCUAAGCCUGACGUUGUGAUGAUGCAGCUUGCCACGAACGAUGUCUGGAACAACAUUGCUACAGCCACCAUCCUGAACGCAUUCUCCACGCUCGUCGAUCAGAUGCGUGCCUCCAAGAGCACCAUGCACAUUGUUGUUGCUCAAAUCACACCUAUGAACCCCACCGGCGGCUGCGCGACUUGUUCAGCAGGUAUCAUAGCCCUCAACAGUGCUAUUCCAGCGUGGGCUGCGGCGAAGAGCACAACCAAGAGCCCAAUCACCGUGGUAGAUUGCUACACUGGGUACAACACCGCCACGGAUACCUACGAUGGAGUGCAUCCAAAUGAUAACGGGAACGUGAAGCUUGCAAAUGCGUGGUUCAAGCCACUUCAGGCUGCAAUUUCGGCUGCGAGCUCUGGGUCAAAGGCAACAAUCGCAUAGGAGGUCAAGGAUGGGCUGGAAGGUACCAUCCGUGCUUUGGGAAGUUGCAAAUCCAGCAGGAGCGAUUGGCAUAUCCAGUGUUUGUAGGCAGAUGGGCUUCGUAGCAGGCCUAUACUGUGCUGUACAUACGUGAGCGAUUAUCAGAACAGCAUGUAAAUAGGAAAUUUCGGGGCAGAUUGUACAUAGGGAAAUCCUUUGGAAGCAAAGAAUCUAG